AUGAGGGCAAGUUCAAAAAUAUCAUCAAAAAGAGUUACUUUAACAACUGAAUUAGCAAAUCGUUCAUUAUCUUUAGCCUAGAUUUAUCAAGGUAUAUAGACAGAAAUUAUAGAAAAGUUGGAAAAGGGAAGAAGGAGAGAGCAGAUUUCUUAUAGGACACAAAUAAGUUAAAGUUUUCUUUAUAAACAUGUGCAUUCAAAAAUACAUCACAUCCAUCUAAUAUUUUUGAUGAUAAGUAUAUAUAUUAAGAUUAUAAAAAUAAGGGGAUCAGACUAAAAUGAUGAUUCAUUUUAUUUAAGUAGUGAAAAUGUAUCAGAAGAAUCAAUUCUUUCAGUUCAUGUAGUUGAUAAAUAUAAAAAAGAAGAUAAUAGUUCUUAUUCAAAGGAAUCUAGUAUAAAAAGUUUAAGAUUAAGAAAAAAUGAUGUUGAUGAACAUAAAGGUUAAAUUUAAAUAGAUGUUUAAUAAAAUAUAAAUGAAGGAGAAGCCUAAUUGUAAAAGAUUAUAAAAAAAUAUUAAAAGUAAAUACAAAGAAAUCCUUUGUAAGAUCCAUAUUAUGUUUAAUUGAAAAUCUUAAGAGGAUAUGAGAGAUUGAAAUUUGAAUUGUUAGUAUGUUUUAAACUUAAAUUAGCGUUAUCAUGAUAAAAACAGAUUUUUAUAAAUGAGAAAGAGAAUAGUAUUAUUAUGUUACUUAUUUCCAAUAAUAAUAAAAGCUUUGAUAAAAUCUAUAUAUUUUAAGCUUUUUAUGACAACUUUGAUAAUAUUCAAUGUAGUAUUAUUUAUAUAUGUUAAAACAAAUAAUAGAAAGGAUACAGAUCAAAUCGAACAAGUGAUAACAGUGUUCUUUUUGAUUGAAGUAAGUUUUAGAAUUAUAGCAUCAGGAAUGAUUCUGAAUAGUAAAAGUUUUUUUAGAAGUCCAUUAAAUAUAUAUGAUUUUACAUUAGUUAUACUAACAACUUUGAAUUUGUAUAGACCUGAUGUAAUAAUAAUAGAUUUAUCACCUUUGCGAAUGAUAACAUUAUUAAAUUAUUUAGGUGAUGUAUUAAAAGGUUUAUCAAUAAUGUUGAAAGCCUUAAUAUCAUCAUUAAAGUUUUUAUUAGAGGCUUUAGUAAUAGUAGGAUUAUUUUCACUAUUUUUUGGUGUUUUUGGAGUACUUUUAUUUUAGAAUUUAUUUAAUUAUAGAUGUUAAUUUGAGAAUGGAGAUGAAACAGAUGGAUGGAUAUAAUGUAAUGGAAAUAUAUGUCCAGAGAAUAUGAAUUGUUUGUAUUCUGAAUAUACUCCAAAAUUACCUACAUCAUUUAAUAAUAUUAUUUAUUCAUUAGGAUAGAUUUUAAGAACUAUUACUAUGGAUGAUUGGAGUUGGGUUAUGUUUUUUACUAUGAGAAUUUAUAAUUCAUGGAUAUGGAUAUAUUAUUUAUUAAUUAUUUUUGUUGGUGGGUUCUUUGGAUUCAAUUUAGUUAUCGCUGUUCUCAAAACCCAUUAUGCAGAAAUAGCUGAAGAAACUAUUCAAUAAGAAAUUUAAUUAAAUAUUAUGACAAGAUUAAAAGAGAAAUAAGAAAAUCCAGAAAGAGAUUUAAUUUCUAUUUUUGAUGUUGCUGUUUUAAAACAUAUUGGAAUUUAUAAAGCAUAUUUAAGUUAUAAAAAAUAAUUAACUAAUCCAUUGUAUUAAUCUUAAUCUCAUCCUAUUGAAGAAUUAAAUAAUGAUAAUAUUAAAACCAAAGUACGAACUUUAUCUGGAAGAUAAAAAAAUCAUGAAAAAGUAUUUAUAUCAUUAAAUUACUUAAGAAUAGAAAUUAAAAAGGAUUUUAAGCAUAUUUAGAUUAAUUUAAUUUUAAAUAUCUAUUAUUACCAAGAUUUAAAUAUUUAGAUAAAUUUAAAACUAUGAUUAAAGUGACAAAUUAUACUGAUGAUCCAUUAGAGACCAAAUUAAUUUAGAGAUUAUUAGAGAAUCAAUUCUCAUAACUCUCUCCAUAUCCAAAUUAUGAUAUAUAUCAAUCAUUUAAUAGUGAACAAGAUGUUUUGCUAUCUUUAAUGUAAAAUUCAUAUUUCAUUUAAGUGAAAAAGGAAAAAACACAAAAAAUAUUGAUUAAAACUAAUUAAUCAAAUAAUGUAGACAGAUUAAAUUUAAACAAGUAUAUUCACUAACUAAAGUCAAACCAAAGUAAACCAUGACUUCAUUAAAAACAUUAAUACCAAUUAAAUCUAUUAGGAGAAAGAUUAAAUCUUCAUAGAAUGAGAAGUCCAAUGAGGAAAAUACAUAAAAAAAUUAAUUAAAACAUCAUAAUAUAAAUAGAGAACCUUCUAUAUCAAUUAAAAAUAAGAAUAAUAAACAUAAUUAUACUUAAAAUAGUUUCCCUUUUUCUGUUUUUAGUAAUAGAAAGAUUUAUGUUAUGAUAUAAGAAUAAUAUAUUGAUUAUGAAGCAGUUUGUGAAAAAAUCAAUGCAAAAAUACCAAUUAUGAUUGAUAAUACUACAUCAAAUGAAUUUAAAUAUGGAUUAUUAAGAAGAAAGGAUUUAAAGAAUAGAAUUAUUGAAAAGAAAAAUUGGUCUGGAAGUGAUGUUUUAGCUUUAGAUAUUUUCAGGGUAAAUGAAUUUAAUGAAAUAAAAGAAAAAUUAAAUUAUUAAGAUUAUUAAAUUUGGUUGAAGGGAGUAAAAGGAAAGAUUACUACUGCUAAAAAAUAUUGUUAUAUUUUAAUAAGUAGUAGAUUUAGUUAAUUCUUUUUUGAUUUGAUAAUAUUGUUCAAUUUUACAUUUUUAUCAUUAUAAGGUAUAGUAAAUCCUGUAUUGAUAACAAAUGUAGAAGAUAUUACAACAAUUUUAUUAUGUUUAGAAUAAUCAUUUAAAUUAUUCUCUUAUCCUUGUCGAAAUUUAUUAUGUUAUCCAAAUUAAAUUCUUGAGUUUUUAAUAAUAAUUUUAAAUUUUAUAGAAUUAAUACUUGGAGAUUAAAUAACGAAUUCUAAUUUGUAAAGUUAGAAGUUGAUUCGAGGAACAAAAUGUCUAUUAUUCUAUAGAUGUUUGAGAUAUAAUAAGAUGGCAAAUAAAAUAGGAUAAAUAGCAUCAAAAACAUUUGAAUCUUAUAUUUAUUUGACAGUAUUAAUGUUAAUGGUUAUUUUUAUGUAUGCAUUAAUAGGAAUGGAAAUGUAUGCAGGUAAAUUUAAUUAGUUGGAGACUUUAGGAUAAUUACAUUCAUUUGAUAAUAUUUUGAAAUCUUUUAUGACUAUUUUCAAUAUAAUGACAAAUGAUGAUUGGUAUGGUGUUUAUGUAAUGGGUGGAGAUAUUGAUUAUACAUUUUCACUUAUUUAUUCUUAUUCUAUGGUAAUUGUAUUAAACUAUUGUACUUAUGGUUUAGUUCUAGCUAUAUUAUUAGAUGGAUUUGGAAAAUAUUUAGGGAUUUAAGAAGAAGAAAUUAUAGAGAAAGAAUAAUUAUAAGCAUAAUAAAUAAGUGCUAAUUCAGAAUAACAUGAGAUUACUUAUGAUGAUACUAUUGCUUAAACUAUAUAAUUACAAUCUAAAAGAUAAAAACUUAGUCUUAUCUCUCAUUUACUUGUAUCAAUUAAAUCUAAUUAUAAAAAUAUUGAAAAAAGAGAUUAAUCAAUUUAUUAAGGAAUAGAAUGUUAAUAGUCUCUAUAUCUAUUUGAUAAAUCAAAUGUAUUUAGAAUUUUUAUUACUAAACUUGUUAUUAAAAUGUAUUAUUAGUAUUUAAUAGAUCUUGUAAUAUAUAGUUCUAUAAUCAUAUUUAUUAUCAAGACAUAUAAUGAUUUUGAAAUAAAUUCAUCAGAUUUUCCAGAUUAAAUGUAAUUUAUUGCAAAUAUAAUUAUUUUAACUGAUUUUACAUUUAAUGUAAUAGCAAAAGGUUUAUUUUUAGAUGCUGGUUCAUUUUUAACAAAUACAUGGUAGAUUGUUGAUAUAAUUUAUAUUAUAACAAGUCUAAUUGAAUAACAAAGUAAUAAUGGAAUAAUAAAUAUAUUAUUAUUUUUGGGAUAUUUUCGACCUAUGAAAUUAAUGUAUAGAAUAACUUGGUUAAGAUAAUUAAGAGCAGCAUUAGGUUAAGCUUUAUUAGAUAUAUUAAAUGUAUUUAUAACACUUUUAUCAGUUUGGUUAAUCUUUGGAGUUUAUGGUAUAAUAUUAUAUGAAAAGUAAUUUGGAUAUUGUGAAGAUAAAAUGUCUUUUUAUGUAUCUUAUAAUGAUUGCAUAUAAGAUAAUAAGACAUGGGUCAAUUAUAAACAUAAUUUUGAUAAUAUAACAGUAGCACUUCCAACAUUAUUUACUGUUUCAACAUUUGAUGGUUGGGGAGAGAUCUUACAAGUAGCUGAAAAUAGUUAAACUGAAAAUACUGGACCUAUUCCAUUCAAUAGUUAUUUAUAUACAUACUUAUAUUUGAUAAUCUUUUGUUUUAUUGGAUCUAUGUUCUUUUUAAGUUUAUUUACUGGAAUAUUAUUUAAUAGUUUAAAAGAGAAUUAAUUUAAAAUGGAAAAUAGCAAAUAUACUUAAGUUUAAAGAGAAUUUAUGAAAAUUACAAAUAUUCUAAUGUCUGAUUUUCCAUUAUAUUCUACACCACCAAAAAGCAGAAUGAGAAAAAUAUCAAGUAAAGUUAUAAACAAUAUUCAUGUACAAUAAUGUGUAUAUGGAUUUUUAAUAAUAGAUUUAAUUAUUUUAUUACUAUUUAAUUCAGAAAUGACUGAUUAAUAUUUUAAUAUUGCCAAUGCUAUGCAUUAUUCAUUGACAAUGAUAUAUUUAAUAUGGACACUCUUAUUAUUUCUAGCUUUGGGUAUUAAUAGAUAUUUUGAUAACUAUUGGAGAAGAUUCUAUUUAUUUUUAGUAUUUAUUGGAUUGAUUGAUUUUAUUACAGAUAUUAUUACUGAUUGGACUCAUCUUUAUUUUUAAUCACAUCCUGGAAUUUAAUAUUAUCAAUUGUUAAGAUUGUGUUUUAGUCUUAGGAGUUUAAGAAUUAUUCUUAUCUUUUAAGGUCUUAUUAAUAUUCAAAGAUUACUAAGAGUUAUGGUAUUUGCCAUGCCCUAUUUAGUUAAGAUUUUUACAAUACUUAUCAUUACUAUGGUCAUAUUCGCACUUUUUGGAUGUUAGCUUUAUGGAAGAAUUGAUUCUGGAUAAGUUAUGGAUGAUAUUAUUAAUUUUACAAAUUUUGGAAAUGCAAUGUUAGCAUUAUUUAAAUGUGCUUCUGGAGAUGAUUGGAGAACAAUAAUGACUGAUACUAUGUAACAUAAUCCAUUAUGCUAAGAAGAUCCAAAAUAUUGUGGUUCUGCAGCUAAUCAAUUAUAUUUCAUACUGUUUAUGUUACUCUCAAAUUAUGUUCUAUUAAAUUUAUUUGUUUUAGGAUUGAUAGAACAAUUUGAAUAAUUUUUUUAGAUGUAAAAUUCAUAAAUUCAAACUUAUGUUGAAAAUGUUGAUAAAAUAAAGAAUACAUGGUGUAAAUAUUCUUAAGAUACUCAAGGUAUGUCUAUGCAUUUUAAAUAUCUAUGCAAAUUUUUAAUUGACAUAGGCUAACCUUUAGGAGUAGAUAAAGAUUCAAAUUUAUGGGAUGCUUGUAAAUUAUCCUCUUAACUUAAAUUAUAAAGGUAAUACAUAACAUUUAAGUUAGUGACAUUCAUGGAUACAUUCAAUAUAACUUCUUAAUGUAUGAACUAUUUAGAAGAUGUUAUUAUUAUGAAGUUUUUAAAACAGGAAGCCAAGAGUCUAUUGCUUAAAUAAAAAAAUUUAAUAAAGAAUCACAAUUCAGAUUGAUGUAUUAUAGAAAAAAUAAAAAUCUACCUCGAUCCAAUAUUAGUCCUUCUGCAACCAUACAUCCUAAUAUCAAUCUACUUCAUGAUUAUUUAAAUGUUUUAAUCUUGUUUAAAACAUGGGAAUAAUUCAGCAAAUAAUUAUUAGAUAAAGUAAAUUAAGACUUAAACUAAUUUACAGAUUAAAGUGUAUCAAUACCAAACAGAAUUUAAAAUGAGUAAGUAUUUCUUUUAAUUAUUUAAGUUAUCAAUAAAGCUAGAAUCAUAUUCUGUAAAAUAACUGCGAUAGUGAGUUAGAAAAUCAAAUAAGCAGUAGUGUUACUAUUAGUAGACAUAGUGUGUCAAUUAACAGUUAAAUUAAUCAAUAUAAUGAUUUACCUAUUUAUAAAGGUACUUAUGACACAUCUUUACAGAGUGAAAAUAGAGAUUUCCCUUAUUUCAUCAAAAUUGAUAAAUAGCAAGAACUUGAUGAAUGA